AUUCGAUUCUAAACGUGCUGCUGAGUAUGCGUCCGUCCAGCCGGUCUUACUGGACUCAGUUGACAGCAUGACUCUGAGUACAACCGAACGGCUCCAGAAAUGGCUCUUCGACGCCUUAUUGAUCUUCUGCUUCGCUUUAUAUCGCUUCGUGUAUUCCCGAACCACCGAGACUAGGAGGAGGGUCCCGCCGAUCAAUAACCCGCUCCUUUGCGUGUCAGCGACGCAACUGGCUGGGAGAAUUCGACGACGAGAGGUGUCCAGUGUGGAGGUGGUGCAGGCUUACGUCGACCGCAUCCAGCAAGUCAACCCAUUGGUGAACGCUGUGGUCAAAGACAGGUUCUCUGCCGCGCUCCAGGAAGCGGCGCAAGUUGACAAACUGAUUGAUGAGGAACCGGGAGGUGAGGAGGUGCUGGCCGAUCGGCUGCCUUUCCUCGGCGUGCCGCUCUCGGUCAAAGGGUCCUUCGGUCUCCAAGGCAUGCCCCACAACACCGGCAUCGUGUGCAUGCGAGGAAGGGUGGCGGCGGCCGACGCGCCGCCCGUGGCGUUUCUCAAGCGGGCGGGCGCCAUCCCGCUGGGCGUCACCAACACCAGCGAGGGCUCCAUGUGGUCCGAGUCGCAUAACCACCUCUACGGCAUCACUCGCAACCCCUACGACCUGGAGAGGAUCCCGGGGGGGAGCUCCGGUGGCGAGGGCAGCUUGCUGGGCGCCGCCGGCGCCGUUAUCGGCCUGGGCUCCGACAUCGGCGGCAGCAUCCGCAUGCCGUGCUUCUUCAACGGGAUAUUCGGCCACAAACCCACACCAGGUGUGGUGUCCAACGAUAACCAGUACCCGCCGUACACGGGCAGACACGAAGAGUACGCCAGCUCGGGGCCUAUGUGCCGCUACGCCGAGGACCUGCUGCCUAUGCUGAAAAUCAUGGCGGGUCCAAACGCAGCUAUGUUGUCCCUGAACGAGAAGGUGGAGCUGAAAAAACUGCGUUAUUUUACCACCCCUGACGACGGCGGUUCUCCUCUGACGUUCCCCGUCAGCCAAGAACUCCGACAAAUCCAGAAGCAGGUGGUGGAGCGUCUCAAAGCGGAACUCGGGGUGUCUGUCCAAGAAGUACGCUUCCCCGAGCUGCGCUACAGCUUUCGCAUCUGGGACGCCUUCAUGGCUCUUCCCGACAAAGAGGGCAAGCCGCCGGUUCCGUUCGCCGACGAGUUGGGAGAGCCGGGUCGGCCGAUAUGGCCCAUAUGGGAGGCGGUGAAAAGCCUCGUGGGAAAAUCCGACCACACCGUGGCCGCCAUUGGUCUGGCCAUUUUCGAGAAGAUGUCUUCGCCCACACCGUCCCCGUUCCUUGUGGGCUUGAAGGAGAAGCUACAGAAGGACGUGGACCAGCUGUUGGGAAGCGACGGUGUGCUUCUUUACCCGACGCAUCCCAGGGUGGCCCCAAAACAUCACCACGCGCUCUUUCAACCGCUUGACUUCGCCUACACCGGCAUCUUCAAUAUUCUGGGCCUGCCGGUCACCCAGUGCCCCUUGGGUCUGAACGAGGAGGGUCUCCCCAUGGGCGUGCAGGUAGUGAGCGGGAAGCUGCAGGAUCGGCUGCCGCUGGCCUUGGCGCUCUACCUGGAGAAGGCCUUCGGAGGCUGGAGAGAGCCUCCCUCCAACAUCCGCCGGAUGAAGAUGAUCUAGGCCCUGGUUGCCAGGGACGCUCGGGGAAAACAGAUUUGACAUUUCCCCUCCACUAGUUUUAGAAAUGUUCAGAGAUCAGGGUGGACUGAAACAGUGGACAGGGACUGCAACUAGUAGGAAGCUAGAGGAGGGAGCAGCUUUAUUAGCGCUUAGCCUGGUUAGCGCAAAUUGCGGACGUCACCGCCGGUUGGGUAGGUAUGAAAAAUCAACCCGUUUCAUUUGAAGAGGAACCUAAACGAGAUGAUGCUUGGGAGUCGGUGGUUGCUUUAUAUUGACAUUUUUUAGGGGGAGCGAUUCGGCAAAAAUUUCUGGCUUGGGCUGUUUUCUAUCCUUUUUAACAUUUGAGACCUUUUAAGCGAUUGUAGCGCUGACAGUUCCAAGUUAAACUGUCAUGUUAACACAAGACCUUUUGUGUAAAUUUCUGCCAAAUGUUCAAACAGAUCUCAAGUGACAAAUUUACAGAGGUGGUGACUAACUUUAAUCUGCUUAGCUCUUUACACAUGAGCUCAUCUUUGUGUCAAUUUCCUCAGAGCGUGUGCGCAGUGAGUUCUUCUGUUCUCGGAACACAGAUUGAGCGCUAUAUCUGGGUUUUUCUUUCCGUUAAGGUGUCAAACUGGAUCUGUUGCCUUCGUAAUCCGUUUUAUGAUGUUUGCGUGAAUGUUAAACAACCAUCGGGACUUGUGUGCCACAAAUCAAACAAAUGAAAAGAUUUCAAAACCAA